GUUAAUUGCCUUCUGUUAAACUCCUUGUCUAUAAGGGCUUAUUUUGCAGAUGUGCAAGAAUAUAUGCUGCAAGGACACAAAAUGUUUGGUCUUCAGAGAAUUACAUAGGAGAGUAAAUGAGCAAAAAUUCAUAUAAUUCUCUUGUGUGUUAUGUAAUGUCAUAGACGUUAAUUCCGUAUUUCCACUGUCUCUUGGUUUAAAUAUAUAUGUUUAUUUACACGCGCAUAAAAGGGGGCGAAUUUAGAGAGCGAGUGAGAAGACAAGAGAGAUCGGAGGGUGUAAAAAGAGACCUAAUUCAGCGGAAAGUGGAGCAGCCGGCAGCGAGCGCCAGCAGAAUAGGACGCGGCGUUUUGCGGUACCAGGCUGCGGAAAAGGCCACCGACCCAAAGAGCCACCAGCAGUGGCGGAGAGGCACCUGCGCUCCCGGUCCCACGUCUGUGUGACCUCCGGAGAGCCUGCCGCGCUCUCACCACCCAGCGCUCCCUCCCAGGAACCCCAGUGUCCACCCCACUGCUCCCCAUCGACCUACGGACCUCCAUGGACGAGAAGUACCGGGAGAUCGCCCAGGAGCUGUUCUCACGCAGCCUGGUGGACAGUGAGAUGCGCAGCGCCCCCUAUCAGUUCCCAGAGGACUGCCCUAUUGAACAGUUGGAGGAACGGCGCCAUCGCCUGGAGAGACAGAUCAGUCAGGAUGUCAAACUGGAGCCUGAGAUCCUGCUUCGGGCCAAGCAGGACUUCAUGAAAACGGACAGUGCAACUGACCUUGAGCUUUUGAGAGAGCAGGACGAGUGUUCCACGGAGCAGACCUUCACCUGGGACAGAGAGCCGACCCUGGAGAGGGAGUACCAGCGGGUUACUAUCUCCGGAGAGGAGAAGUGUGGGGUGCCCUUCACAGACCUGCUGGACGCCGCCAAGUGCGUGGUGAGGGCCUUGCUCAUCCGACAGAAGUACACGGCAUUGUCUCUCCAGAGCUUCUGCAACACAACGGCACGCUUCCUGCAGGAGCUGGGUGGGAGGCCGCCGGGGGCGGUGCCAGAGGCUACUGUCAUUGCAGACACCCCCGUACAUCCCCCUGCUUCAAAGACACACCCCUACGAGAACCAAGACCCUAAGAACAUGCCAGCUGACCUAGGCUUCAGAUGCAAGAUGGUCGACGGCGUGGUCCAUGUCUACGCGCUGGAAGGCACCGAAUUGGAUCUGCCCUACCCUGACCUGCAGGAGUACAUCGGUGACAUGAGUGUUAUGAUGGCUCUCAUCAUCAACGGCCCAGUAAAGUCCUUCUGCUAUCGGCGGCUGCAGUAUCUGAGCUCCAAGUUUCAGAUGCACAUUCUGCUGAAUGAGAUGAAGGAGUUGGCAGCACAGAAGAAGGUCCCACACCGAGACUUCUACAACAUCCGCAAGGUGGACACUCACAUCCACGCUUCCUCCUGCAUGAACCAGAAGCACCUCCUUCGGUUCAUCAAGCGAGCCAUGAAGAAGAACCUGGGUGAGAUUGUGCAGAUGGUGAACGGCAAGGGCCAGACCCUCUCUGAGGUGUUCGAGAGCAUGAACCUCACGGCCUUCGACUUGAGCGUCGACACCCUGGAUGUUCAUGCUGACCGAAACACCUUCCAUCGCUUCGACAAGUUCAACGCAAAGUACAACCCCAUCGGGGAAUCUAUCCUGCGUGAGAUCUUCAUCAAAACAGAUAAUUACAUUGAGGGGAAAUACUUUGGCCAUAUCAUUAAGGAGGUGAUGGCUGACCUGGAGGAGAGCAAGUACCAGAAUGCAGAGCUGAGGCUGUCAGUGUAUGGGCGCUCGCGUGACGAGUGGGACAGCUUGGCGCACUGGGCUGUCCGUCACGGCGUCUACUCUGACAACGUGCGCUGGCUUGUCCAGGUGCCCCGCCUCUUUGAUGUCUACCACUCUAAGAAGCAGCUGGCCAACUUCCAAGAGAUGCUGGAGAACAUCUUCCUUCCGCUGUUUGAGGCCACCAUCGACCCCCGCAGCCACCCUGAGCUCCACCUCUUUCUCCAGCAUGUGGUGGGCUUUGACAGCGUGGAUGAUGAGUCCAAGCCAGAACAGCACAUCUUCAACCUGGACAGCCGCCUACCUGGCAACUGGACGGAGGAGGACAACCCUCCCUACUCCUACUACCUCUACUACAUGUACGCCAACAUGACCGUGCUCAACCACCUGCGCAGGAGGCGGGGCUUUGACACAUUUGUGCUCCGCCCACACUGUGGAGAGGCUGGGCCUAUCCACCACCUGGUGUCAGGUUUCAUGCUGUCAGAGAACAUCUCCCAUGGGCUGCUGCUCAGAAAGGCGCCUGUGCUCCAGUACCUGUACUAUCUGGCUCAGGUUGCCAUCGCCAUGUCCCCCCUCAGCAACAACAGCCUGUUUCUUAGCUACCACCGCAACCCCCUCCCCGAGUACUUGUCCCGUGGCCUCAUGGUCUCCCUGUCGACCGACGACCCCCUGCAGUUCCACUUCACCAAGGAGCCCCUGAUGGAGGAGUACAGCAUCGCCGCCCAGGUGUGGAAGCUGAGCUCCUGUGACAUGUGUGAGCUGGCCAGGAACAGCGUGCUGAUGAGUGGCUUCUCCCACCGGGUGAAGAGCCACUGGCUGGGGCCCAACUACACGAAAGAGGGCCAGGAGGGCAACGACAUCAGGCGCAGUAAUGUGCCAGACAUCCGCGUGGCGUACCGCUCCGAGACACUGUGUGAGGAGCUGCAGCUCAUCACCCAGGCAGUCUGCUCCGAGGAGCUGGAGUCCAUCGAGGAAGAGGACAGUCUGUCCAUGGCUGCCGUCUCGGGGUCCGGCUAAGUCCCGGACGAGGAGCCUUUGUCUUCUCUCACGCGUCUGUAACCUGGUAAAGGAUCGACGUGGGACUGAUUCCUUGGUGCUGAGUGUAUGGAUACAUGCACAUGUGUUUCCACAAUUGGGGGGGCGGGGUACGAAAACUCAGAAUCCUGUUCUGACAGCCAAUGGGCAGCCAGCGUUCUGUGGCUCUGAGCGCAAACACAGAUGCUUUCUGGUAGCCCGCUUCUAUGUAGUGUUUGGGAUGCCGACGGUAACGUUCUGUGAGUGUUAAGAGACAGGCAGCCAUCCGCUCUCCGCCGUCUGAGAGGCCCGGACGCAGACUCCCAGCAGGGCAGUGUCACACGGAUCUGCCUCCUGUCGCGGGGCCUUCUGCCUGCAAUCGCUUCAGACAGCUACCUUCCCAUUCUCACCCAUUCCAGGGUCACCGUGCGGUUUGCCUUUAAUCCCAAAUUCAUUAAGCCGCCAUCUUACUCCGAUGCCAAAAGCUGGACAAAAGCUGUCCAAUUUAAACUCGCCCUAAUAGGCUUAUAAUGUGAAAUCCACAUUUCUGUAAGGGCUCUGUAAGGACACUCUGUAAGGACACUCCUUAUCACGCUAUAAAAAUUGGUCAGAGUGGAAGCCAUUAGUGAUUCCAUGGCUGUUUUCACUGCACUGUUGACAAUAUGGAGAUGUAGUAGAUUCAGCAAGGUUUGGUGGGGCAAACAGGGUUUUUUUUAAGCAUGUGAUCUCCUCCAUGACCGCACUUUGUAAUCCACCUCCUCUAGGCCUUCAUCCCAAAGAAUUAUGGGAAACCUAUUCAUAUGAUGCCAACUAGACAAUAAUCGUGUUGCUCAGUACAAUGCAUACUUUAAGACAUCCUGUUGAACUCAAACAAUAUUUAAUAACAAAACAAUAGGUGUAUUUUUGUAAAAUAGCCAUAACAGUUAUAUUUAGAUCUAUAUAAAUAUAUGUGACGUUAGUAACUUUUGUUACCCACUGUUAUUAGUUUAGUCCUCUGCAUGUCUUACCAGUGAUGCUAAAAGCGUGUUGAUUCUGAUGUUAAUCAUAUGGCAUUUGUGUGGCUGUCAUUAGUAGCCGGGUUUCUUGGUGAUCUUUGCCCAUAUUUGGGGAGCCUGUGAAUGGCUUAGUAUUUUAUUUUAGUUUUUAAGUGUUUCCAUUAUGACUAGACUUUGAUUAACAAAGUUCCUGUGAUGCAGACAAUAGGAGUUCAUCUGUUCAUGCUUAAAGUGAUUUUAAAAUUAGGCUUGGCGCCAGCUGACAUCAUACUGACAGAACAUCCAGUUUAUAUGAAGAUGGUGGGACGUCACCUAUCAAUGGCUUUGCAUUGAGACAGAGCCACCGUCAGUGAAUGUGGUAACUGGCCUCAUCUCCAAACUCCGUUUCUCAUGUGCGGGUAAAACACACACAUGUAAAGACGAAUUUACGAGAUUUUUGAAAACACCCAUUUACCAGUGAGGAUGGAUAUCGCCAAUGUUAUUUGUGUGAAAAUUACAAUAGUAUCAUCAUAUCUGCCAAUGAAAAAUAUUUUUUUGGGUAAAGAGUUCCUGAAUCAAGUAAACGUGGCUGAAAAUAAAAAGUUCCUCGUAGAAGUCUUUGUAAUUCGGUGUUAUAGGUGAUGAUGUUUUGGUCCCUGGGAAAAUCUCAUCUGUACUGCUGUUAGAUUAAAUUUACACUCAAAUGACACAUUCGCUCAGGCCAGCAAGCCACUGUUACAACUACUAAAACAAAACGAGGGUACUCUGCUUUUGAACGUAUUUAAAGUCUUUGCGUCAUUGACUGAUUGUGUUAAAGUUCUGUUUUUUUCUCUCUCUCUGUCAUAGGCGAUUUUUGAUUAUUAUUGCGUUUUGAUGUUUUUUUCCAAGGAUUUGCAGCCUGUGUCAUUUCUGUUGUCACUGUGGUUUUGCUGUAUGAGUAUCAACUUCUUGCUGCACUGUUUCUGUGUUGCAUGGUUGCUAUAUUUAAAAAAAUAAAAUACGUACAUUCA